UGUAUAAAAAGGGACAUGGCUCUUAAUAAGACCUAACAAUACCUCUUCCAAAGAGAGAGAAGAUAACAAUGGUGGUUGGAUGGAGAAGAGCUUUCUGUACUUCUGUUACAAGAGAUCGAGAAUCCAAGGAAAUCAAACUAAAGAAGGAAUCUCGGCCAUCUCCUUCAACUUCAACCUCAAGCUUCGCCUCCAAGCUCUCUUUCUUCUCAAAUCCAUCAACUCCUCGUCUGCAAUUGCAUCCUCUCCGAUGUCAAACCGCCGUUCCUUCGCCUUCUUUGACUAACAGUCCAACUCUACAAUGCAAGACUAAUCGCUCAACACCGUCGUCAUCGCCACGCUCGCCGUUCACUUUCUCUCUCCUUAAGUCUACCUUGCGAUUAUCCAAAACUAGGUGUGGAAUCUGUUUUCAUAGCGUUAAAUCGGGGCAAGGUACGGCUAUCUUCACUGCUGAAUGUUCUCAUAGCUUUCAUUUUCCUUGCAUCGCUUCUCAAGUUAAGAAGCAAGGAAAUCUUUCGUGUCCUGUUUGCUGUUCUAUUUGGAAAGAAUUGCCGGUGUUGAAUACGGAGCCUGUUGUUGUUGAACAAACUGUUAAGAGGAGAACAGAGGCAUCAUCAGAUAAGAAACUGUACGCUGCGAGAUCGGAUUUAAAGAUCUAUAAUGACGAUGAGCCAUUAUCCUCACCGAAAUCUGGUAUUCGUUUCAAUCCUAUACCGGAAACAGAUGAAAAUGAUGAAGAAUUCAAAGGAUUUUUCACCGAUUCAAGUCCAUCUUCUGUUUCAGCGACGGUUAACUUGAGAAAUGUGGAGGCGAUGUUGUUACCAGAGACGGUAAUGGUAUCGACUAAUCGUAACAGUGAGAACUACGCAGUAGUUCUCAAAGUUAAAGCUCCACCAUCUCCAGCGAGAAAUUCUCUUCGAGCUCCAAUCGAUUUAGUAACUGUUCUUGACGUCGGUUGUAAUAUGACAUCCGAUAAGGUCCAAGCGAUGAAACGCGCUAUGCGACUGAUCGUUUCAUCACUAUCAUCAACCGAUCGUCUCUCAAUCGUAGCAUUCUCCGCCAAUUCGAAACGAUUAUUACCGCUCCGACGAAUGUCAGCCAACGGCCGAUCAUCCGCUCGUCGAAUCAUCGAAGCAAUCAUCUCUUGUCAAGGAAAAACAAAUCCAAAUGAUGCAGUUAAGAAAGCCAUAAAGGUUAUCGAAGAUCGAAGAGAUAGAAAUCCAGUUUCAAGUAUCAUUCUAAUGUCAGACGUUGAUUCCUCAACACGUUUCUCUCAUCUCACUAUUCCAGUUCACUCCAUUAAACUCGACGGCAGCCAUGGAAACACUUCAUCAUCUUCUUUCAAUGACGAUUUUGCGAAAUCUGUUCUUGAUUUAUUAAACGUCGUGGUUCAAGAUCUCAGGAUUCAGCUAGCUAUUUCAUCUGGUUCUGGUUCAUCACAAUCUGAGAUUGUAUCGGUUUAUUCUUUAACCGGAAGAACAAUUCCUCACCAUUCUGGUUCAAUCAAGCUCGGCGAUCUACACGCUGAAGAAGAAAGAGAAGUUUUGAUAGAAAUGAAAGUUCCAUCAUCAUCAUCAUCAAACCGGUCCCACCACCAUCACCACCACAUCUUAACCGUUAGAUGUUUCCAUAAAGAUCCAUCAACAGAAGAACUAAUCUACGACAAAGUUCAACCACUCUUGAUUCCACCUCCAAUCACGACCGUACGAUCAUCAAGUAUCAAAACCAUCUUCGUAUUUGGACGCGCCUUAGCCGAGUCACGCCGUCUUAUAGAACGAAACGACUUAACCGGCGCGCAUAACAUUCUCGAAUCGGCUCGAGGGUUAAUUCGUCAUCAAUGUGCAGGACAAGACGAUCUGGUUCGAAGCUUAGAAGCAGCGGUAGCUGACUUGCAAUGCCGGCGGCGGGCGGCGGCUGCGUCUCCUAAUUUGAGUAGAUUUGUGGAUGAGAAGGGUGAGCCGUUGACGCCGACAUCGGCUUGGAGAGCGGCUGAAAAAUUGGCUAAGGUAGCUAUGAUGAGAAAAUCGAUGAAUAGAGUUGGGGAUUUACAUGGGUUUGAAAAUGCAAGAUUCUAGAAAAAUUACUAUUUAAUAAUUAAUUCAUAAAUAAAUGAUAUAUUUAAAUUGACUGAUGAUGAUGAGAAAGAGGGAGAGGGGGGUUGGUUUUGUGUUUAAUUAAUGAUAUUUUUAAUGAUAUUGUUAUGAAUAAUAAUGAUUAAAAUAGGAGAUAAAUAAAUAAAUAAAAUAGGGUAGAUUAAAGGUUUAAUAAUAAAUUUGGCUGUAUUAAGUGGGGAGCAGAUAGAUUGUUUGUUGUGGGCAGUGCAAAAUUUGUCGUUUUAUUUAUUAUUAUUAUUAUUAUUUAGCAAAGAAUAUGAAAAUGACGUUUAUAAAAGGCAUACUCUGUAGUACUGUA